AUCGUUUGGAAUAGGCAAAAGCUUAAAACUUAACUUACGUAGCUGAUCUACGCGAAUUCGAUGAUUGAAGUUUUCCUUGAGAGCUUAGCUCAUGAGUGCCCUUGAACAUUGCUACACACCUGUACCAAAGUCUGUGAUGGUAAAGACCAUAUAUGAUGUAAAAGCAUGGAUGGAGCCUCUCACCAUCCCCAUCCACAAUGUAUCAAAUCCACAUGUUUUUAAACUAACGAAAGCUCAAGAUGGAAAUGUAUACUUACAUUAUAAGAAUUGGGGUAGUGAUAAGUCAGAGAGCUGGAAACCAGAAGCAGAGUCUGAAGGACUGAAGUUGUUAAAGGAUGAUGCAGUUAUAUCAAAGGAAGAGGUACCUGAUCUGGUUUCUCCCAAUACAGAAAAGGUUGAUCUUGUCUCUCUUAGGAGAGACAUGCCAAAGUUUUUUGCAGGGUCUCRUGUGUUCUCUCCACAGAUUAAGGAGGAGUGGACUGAUCUGUURCUUGAGAGCAAUCAGCUAUGGACAAGUCAAGAAAAACCAGCAACCUGGCCGCUUCAAAACUUGCUUUUAAUUAAACAAAACCAAGUAAGACAAGAAGAAAAUGUGAAUGCUGGCUUUUUAGGAAUGAGACCUGAAGCAGUUCCACAAGAUCUAGAUGAAAUGGUUAGAGACCAAGUAGCACCAAUAAGAGAGGUGUACACAGGUCCUUAUAGAAGACCCGAAAAUGAUGUUCAAAGAGUCGACAAUUAUGACCUAGUGGCUAUAGGCGACUUGGUUGCUGUAAAUUUAGAAGCAUAUCGCCCUCCAAACCUUGCUACUGUGAUAGAGAUCCUUGAAGACUCAUUCAGAGUCCAGUGGCUGAAAGGAGGCUACAAUAAGAAGUGGGCACCAUGGCCAAGAUGGCCUAUAAACAACAUCCCCAAAGAGAGUGUGAUAUACUUUGGCUUUGCACUUGAAGAAGACAAACUAAGCAAAGAAACUGCAAAGCAUAUCCGAAAGGAAUAUAAAAAAUUGUUAUAACUACUAAAGGUAUUAUGUUAAAUCAAUCAGCUAUCAAAAAAGCAGGUUUAUGUUGGUAAAAUGGCAAAGUCUCAAGUCUCUAAAUACUUCAAAAAUAAAAGCAAAUGUAAAAUAUUGAUUUUUCUAGCCUUGCUCCUUCAGUUCUGAUUUUGCAUGUUUCUUUAGAAACAUCAAUGAUUUUAUAUUUGCUAUCAAUUCUGAAAUAUUUAUUUUACUUAUUUUGUUCCCCUCUUUCCAUUUUUGAACAUCAUUUUGUCAUUGCUUAUUGAUUUAGGUAGGUGUGGUCACAUGACUCCCAGCAUAAUGUGUUUAGAAUGUACACUUCAUGUUCCUUAUAAACUUUGGCUGACUUUCAAUGUCUAGUACUUAAAUUCUUGUGGUACUAGCUUAACUUACUAAGUAAUGACAAAUAUAGUUGCAGUAAUCAUAUGAAACGCAUAUGAAAGGUUUACUUAGUCAUCCCUUUUAAAAUGCAAGAAUUUAACUCUUGGAAAAGAAACCCAAAAACCUCAAAACAAAAUAAGAAACUCGCAAGAGUUCAAAAAUCGUUUUGUGCAUUUUGAACACUGCAUGCUGAACAUUACACUACUAUUGUCACACAAUUUCAAAAAGAUUAGACUUUAGUCUUUAGCUACAAUACCGAUAAAGCCAUUGAUUCCUCAUUAUCUUAUUUUAUUUAUAAAAUUUUUGAUAUAUAACGCGCGCUCUGAUUGGCUGACGACCGUGUUUAUAUCAGAGGACAGAGACCGGCAAAAUUUUCUUUUCGCUCGAAAAAUGUUAUUAAAGAAAUAUAAAACGGCCGCUUGUGUCUCUGUCCUAUAUUUCUUAAACAAAGCUUGAGUAUGCAGUAUUGUUAGUUCUAGUUAAUAUGAUGAAACCUUACCGUAUACGACGAAAUGUCCUCAGCAAUUACCGACGAAGAC